AUUCGAGCUCGUCGACGUGACUGUGCUUGACUUGUGGUUGCCGUGUGUGCGUGCGUGUGUGCGUGUGCGUGUGUGCCGUGUGACAACCCACAACGCACAGUGGAACAAAUUUUUGUUGGUGCGGGUCCUUCCCCCCCCCCCCCGCGCAAGGCAAAGAAAGACAAUUCAGACAAUCGAGGGCGAUCGCGCGGCGGCCGGAAAAAUCGGGCAAAUCGAAUCGAGCACCCCAAAGGGUAGCGCCGUGCAGCUCCAGAGCAGUGUCACGGCGAGUGUGUGUGUGUGUGUGCAUAAUCAUUUUUUCAAACACACGCACGGGGCACGCACGAACGCGAGAGUCAGCAGCAUCUACCAAAUCCAGCAGCAUUAGCAGUCAUCGCAGCAGCAGCAGCAGCAGCAGCAGCAGUAGCACCAUCAUCACCACCAACCAAAAAAAAGAAAAGAAAACGACACCACGGAGCGCACCCAUCCAGCUAGUUCUCGCCAUCGCUUCCAGCUACCAGUGGGAACCUGUCUCCUGGAUGGAGCAGAACCGUAAACCGGCCCGUCGCUCUGGUGUGGACGCGUGUGGUACAGUGAGCGUGCGAACCUGCUGCCCGAGCAGCAACGUAGACGGACCCGGCCCGGUACAGUGCGCCACCACCGUGCGGAUCACGACAGUGUCGCCCCGCAACUAAACGCUCGCUCCCGUUCUCCCCGGUCCCUCCUUUCCCUACCCCUACACACACACACACACACAAAAAAACACCCACCGUGCGCCCACUGCCGGUCACCAUUUUCGGCGCGAAGCGAAACGAAACGUUGGACGGUGCGAAGGCGAAGAAACCAGCGGACGACGACGACGACGACGACGACGACGGCGGCGACGGUGGCGACAGUGACGACGGUCCCGCCGAGGAGGAAGAAGAGGGCGAAGUGAGGGACGAGGUCGGGCAGGACGAGUCGAAGCAGCUGCUGCACCCCGCAGUCCCGCACGCCCCCCGCUCGUCGUCGUCGUCCAACGCUACGCGUGACGGGCCCGGCCGGAAAGCGACUGCCAGACUGUUCCGUUGCUGUUUGCCGUGCCGCGGCGACGGAGGCGGAGGUGGAAGUGGAGGAGGAGGAGGAGGAGGAGGAGGAGGACGAGGGGCUAGUGCCCGGAGCAGCGGUAGUGGGGCGAGCGGCGAAACGCUAAAGGACACUGAGCAGGGCGCCGUUAGAAGCGGUACCGGCCGGGGCCGAGACCGGGGCGACGGCGUCGGCCGAGGAGAAAGAGGACGAAGAGGAGGAGGAAGAAGUGUUGAGGAGUCGAUUGGUUGUGGUAGCGGUACCGGCAGGGCGGACGGCACACCGGAAAGCGCCGCCGGUGUCGGUGACAGCGGCGGCGGCACCAACACUCCUGGUGACGCGGUGGCGAUGGCAACGGUUGUGACGGGCGACGGGAAGCAGACAACUGGUAGCCUGACCACCGCCAGCACCACCACCACCACCACCACCACUACCACCAUUCUGACCGGUAAUGGGCGGCCGCGGAACAGCACCCGGGGCGUGCUGCAAGCUUCCCUGGCCAAGCAGGAGGAAGACGACGACGAGGAGGCGGACACGGACACGGAGAUGCAGGGGCAGCAGGACGAGAGUGACGCUGGUGUGCCACCGAGGGAGAUGGUCGGUCCCGAGCCGGGCACGGUCCAGCCGCAGCACCCCACGUACGCCAUCGGGCUGCUUGCGGGCGGGGCCGGGCUGAUGGGUGGGUCGGGCCGCCCCGGGGCCCAUCAGCGGCCGGCCGGCCGGCAUCGGGGCACCUCGGCCCAGCAGCAUCCGCAGUCGCUGCCCCACAUACGGGAGGAGCGAAAGCGCAACGGCAGCGCGGAUGCGACCGUGCGGCGGGAGGCAGACGACGAAGCCGACACGAGCGGCUCCAUGAUGGAGGAGGAGGAGGAGGAGGAGGACGAAGAGGAGGAAGAGGCAAGGGCGGGGGAGAGUUUGGAAGUCGGCCGGAAGGAGGCGGCGGACGAGGAGGAGCGGGACGACGACGAGCAGGAGGAAAUCGACGACGGCUACAGUGCGGAUGAGGACGAUUCGGCGCGGCGGGUCCUCGCCGUCCCACUCAUACCGACGGUGGCCGGCACGGGCAAGUACCAGCAGGCUGGCAAACCUCAGCAACAACUCCCACCGCCCCAUCCCAAAUAUCAUCGGAACCGGCGCCAUACGCUGGCGAACGUGCGCUUCAUGGACAAUGCGGAAGGAUCCGGCAGUGGUCCACCGAGCGGGGUCAUGAGCGUCGUCGGUGGGUAUACGAGCCGCCGAUCGCCCCUGCUGCUCCCAUCGGGCGACGGGGGACCGGGUGGCCCGGGCACGCUGCUGUCGGCCGCCCUGCCCCAGCGCCGCGAGUCCUUCCUGUACCGGUCCGAUUCCGACUUUGAGAUCUCGCCCAAGGUGUCGUCCGUGUCGCUGCUGGCGGCGCGCUGCAGCGCCAACAACAGUGGCUCCGGCACGUCCACCUCGAACGUGGCGAGCACCGGCAGCGGCACCACGCUGACCUCGGGCGGUGGCGGUGGAACCGGCGGAGGCGGCCGGGACGGUGCGUUCCACUGGAAGGAGACGAGCACGCUGGAGGAACCGGCGGUACUGUCGUCGAUCGCGUCGUCACCGUCCAGCAGCGCGACGACCGUGGUCGGGGCCGCCUCCUCCACCGUGGUGACGUCAUCCACGUCCGAGCGGACCACUAUGAUGAGCGGUUCCGGUGGCGGUGGGUCGAGCGGCCACCAUGACGAUCUGAUCGUGACGCCGUUCGCCCAGAUACUGGCCAGCCUGCGCACGGUACGGUCGAACCUGUACGCACUGUCGUCCGCCCUGCCGGAGGAGAGCGAGCUGGCGACGAGACGAUCCUCGGCCGGUGCGGAAAGUGCCGAAACCGAUCCGGGCAGUGCUGCUGGCGAUGACAGUCAGCCGGACAAGGACGGCGAUCUGCGCCAGCUGACCACGGAAACGAUCGACGAGCUCGAGUGGUGCCUGGAGCAGCUGGAAACGGUGCAGACGCACCGUAGCGUCUCGGAUAUGGCGUCGCUGAAGUUCAAGCGGCUGCUGAACAAGGAGCUGUCCCAUCUGAGCGAGUCGAGCAAGUCGGGCAACCAGAUCAGCGAGUACAUCUGCACAACGUUCUUGGACAAGCAGCAGGAGCCGGACGUACCGUCCGCUCCGCUAGUAGGUAGUGCCUUGAUCGGCCGUCCGACGGGUGCCGCCGGCCGAAUGUCGGAGAUCAGUGGCUUCAAGCGGCCCCUGCAGCACACCAACUCGUUCUCGGGCGCGGCCGGCGCGGGCGUCACCAGCCUGGCCGACCGGUUGCCACCGUACGGUGUGCCGACAGCGACCGCCGCGGACGAGGCGGAGCUGGGCGGGCUGCUCGGCCAGAUCGACCAGUGGGGCGUGGACAUCUUCCGCAUCGGGACGCUCAGCGGCAGCCGGCCGCUGACCGCGGUUGCCUACACCGUGUUUCAGGAUCGAAACAUCCCGCGCACGCUGACCAUACCGCCGACGGUGCUGCUCGCGUUCGUCAGCACGGUCGAGGAUCACUACGUGGCGGACAAUCCGUUCCACAACUCGCUGCACGCGGCGGACGUGACGCAGAGUACGCACGCGCUGCUGCACAGCCCGGCCCUGGACGGGGUCUUUACGCCGCUGGAGGUGUGCGCCGCACUGGUGGCCGCCUGCAUCCACGACGUCGACCAUCCCGGCCUGACGAACCAGUUUCUCAUCAACUCCAGCUCCGAGCUGGCGCUCAUGUAUAACGACGAAUCAGUAUUGGAGAAUCAUCAUUUGGCGGUGGCCUUCAAACUCAUGCAGAACGAUGACUGCAACAUCCUGCGCAACCUACCCAAAAAGCAACGGGCCACCUUCCGGAAGAUGGUGAUCGAUAUGGUGCUGUCGACCGACAUGUCCAAGCACAUGACGCUGCUGGCCGACCUGAAGACGAUGGUCGAAACGAAGAAGGUGGCGAUCUCGGGCAACCAGAAUCCGGGCGAGUCGCGCAGCAGCGGCAGCGGCGUGCUGCUCCGCCUGCUCGACAGCUACACCGACCGCAUCCAGGUGCUGCAGAACCUGGUGCACUGUGCCGAUCUGAGCAAUCCGACCAAGCCGCUGCCGCUGUACCGGCGCUGGGUGCGCCGCCUGAUGGAGGAGUUCUUCCGGCAGGGCGAUCGGGAGCGGGCGGCCGGCAUGGACGUGUCGCCGAUGUGCGACCGGCGGUCGGCGACGGUCGAGAGCUCGCAGGUCGGCUUCAUCGACUACAUCGUCCAUCCGCUGUGGGAGGCGUGGGCGGAGCUGGUGCGACCGGACGCGCAGGACAUACUGGACCGGCUGGAGGAGAACCGGGCCUACUAUCAGGCGCUGAUACCGCCCCCGUCGCCACCGUCCCACGAGAAGGACGAGGAGGAGGAGGAGGCAGAGGAGGCGGCGAAGCGGGAGGCAAAGCAGCAGCAGCAGCAGCAGCAGCAGGAGAGGGCGGAACAGGAAGCGGGCAGCAAGCGUAACGAACAGCAGGAACCGAUGCCGAUCGAUCCGCAAGCGCUGGCCGCAAGGUUACGAUUUCAGAUGACGCUAGCCGAAAACGACGAAGAAGAGGACGAUCUCGAGCCGGACGGUGGCGCAGGCAACCAGGCACAGGAGCAUCCGUAAUCCGACGGACGUACGCAAACGGAGAAGCGAAUUUAGCAACAACAGAACGAAUCAAAUGGAUACUGCAGCCACAGGCUGGUUCUUCGACCUGUGCAUGGUCGCUGCUCAUCAUCACGCCAUCUGGGCCAUCUUUCAGGCGAAACCAAAAAAGGCAAGCGAGCAAGCAAGCAAGCAAAAAAAAAAAAGAAAGAAAACUGAAGGAGCGACGGAACACGUUUCUCCUAAUUUUUGCCCCUGUUAUUGUUGACCCAUCAUGUUGGAAGUCCCGCUCAAAUUGGGAAAAUGCCACCGUUAUUGUUGCGUUGGCGUUUUUUGUUUUGUUUUGUUUUGUUGUUUUGUUGCCACAACAAUGGAUUGCCGUCCCUCCUUUUUCCCCUCGCCCCGUGGUGGAGCGAAUUUUUGUAUGCGUGCGUGCGUGCGUGUACCUAGAAACACGUACACACAGACGCACGAAUGGAGCACAAGGAUCUUCUGCUGGAAAGAAGACACGAGCAAACUCCUUAAAAGGACUGAAAGUGAACAAAAACAAAAACAAAACAACAAGGUGCACCAAGUGUAUAGAAAAAGGGGAGGAGUGGAAGGAAAGGGGACAUUACGUACACGAUAUUAGGGAAACAGCAGGGGUGACAGAUAUAUAAAUAUAUACAUACAUACACUAUAUAUAGCUAGAGGUUAUGGUACGAAGCCACCACCGCCAUCAACAAUUGACACAGCAAUAUACUUAGCAACGUACUUGGCAGUAAACAAGGCAGUUUGUAUAAGCGGGGAUAGCAGCACAGAGUCAUCAAGCUCAGCCAAUCAACUGGUGGCACCAGGUGGUCACUCUGGUCACUCUGUUCCACUCAGUAUCAGGAAGAAGAGCUUUCCGAUCAGUCAGUCCCUGAAGUUUGAAGUGCGUACGCACUCCGCCGACGCCGCAGCAUGGAUCUGUGUGGCCAGGUGACCAGAUGAACACCCUUUGCAGCAGAAACCGAUGCAUUCGGUGCCCAUCGGUGGUUCAAAUCAGUAGUCGAAAUUGUAAAGAGAGCGCAGAGAAAGCGAUAAUUAUAUCUGUAUAUGUACACGCGCAUAUAUACAUACAUACAUGUAGCAGGGGACGGUGAGGUUGAAUGUGUGUGUGUGUGUGUGUGUGUUUGAUAGAAGUAUUUAGCGUCAACUCUAAAUAGGUGGCGUACGCGAGAUCUCGGCAAUAACCAAAGGAAGAACUAACAGAAAAAAAAAACAAAAAAAAAACGGUUGAUGUUAAUCCAUCAUUGG